UACACACAUAGUCUGCCUCGCUGGCGGGCGGUCGAUCGGUCGGUCUGUUGUCUCGACUAGUCGAGAGUGGGACGGUGAAGCGAUAGGAGGUGUUUGCUGUGCGUGAGUGUCGUGUGUGCGCAGACUUGUAAUUCUCUCUGAUCCGGUUUAACGUUCCUUAGCGUAAAACAUUAUUAACUGAUUUUUGUACACAUACUCGUUUGUUUUUGUGAAGGAGAAUGCUGUUAUUGUUAACAUAACGUAACGAGCAUUGUGAAUAACUUGAUAUCGAAUUGUGUGCACUGUGAAUCUCAUGUUUUCUUUUAAGAAAAAAUGUUGCUGUGUGUAGCACGAUAAACUGUUUGGUUUUCGUUAAAUAGAAUUACAUAAUGUAAAAUCUUUUUGUUUUAGUAUAAAACGGUCUGAAAUGAAAUGCUUGUUGGCGCAGCGCGGCACCUACAGAAAUAUUUCAACAUUAAAACAUACGUGGGUGUUCAUUACGCUUAAAAUAAUAUACGAUGCGAUUCACAGCUGAUUAUGUGUUAAGGAAUAGAAUGACAUUCAAGUGAUAAGAAGGAUUAUUGUAGACAAUUACUUCCGAAAAGAGUUGGCGACCGUUAUGAUGUUUGUACAUUCUGUGAAUAACUAGGGUAAAAUUGAAGGACGUAAAAAUGGUGAAGUUGGAUUGCAAACGUGUUGGUUACCCACAGUGGCUUUCUUUUCUCAUUUGUCUUGGUAUCACUGAGACAUCUAAAGGCCUGCAUGUAGCUGGUACCGCAUCGACAUCUCAGCUGGAGCCGCUAGGAGAAACUUCGACCACGCGCCCGCGAUCACCAGGUGAAAUCAGGUGCUACUGUAAUCUUGCAGUGUGUGUUACCACUGGAUACAUGUGCAAGUCAGAAGGCGGAGGGUGUUUCUCUAAUCUCGAGGAUCUACCAGACGUCUAUAGGGCGAGACAUGGGUGUCUUGGAAUCUUAGAUGGGGUUCGGCUAGACCAGUGUCUUCAACCAGGUUCCAGUCGCAGUCCGCCCCAGACGUUGUGGUGCUGCCACAAAGACAUGUGCAAUCACAUCGACAGCCCGGAAAAUAAGCUGAGAUUCAACGACAGUUUUCCAGGUUCCAUACUCAAUACAAGAACGGAUCGACUGUACCUCAGCGGAGCCAGCGGAGCAGCGCAGACACCAGCAGGCUACUAUAACAAUGAAGUGUGGCUUAAAGCUGCUACUAUUGCUGUUCCAAUCUGCGGAGCUCUAAUUCUUUUCUUUCUCAUUGCCCUUGCCAUUAAGAUGCUUCGCAGAGAUAGCAUCGAGCAAGGCUUUAUUCAUGGUGGUAAACAUGGAGGCAGCAUCUUCCCGCCAACAACUGGUCAUGCCUUAGUUCUUCCAGCAUCUAGGAAACCUAGCCAGUACCAUAUUCAUAACCUUGAUGACAUGUCUUCCAAGAAAGUGCCACUUCUUCUGCAACAUCACAAUGAAUCUACGUCAACAAAUUGUAAUACUGUGGCUCCAGUGUCUCGGUGUAUUAUGCUGAUGCACCCCGAUAAUGCACUUACUCAGACUAAAAUGGGAUGUGUUGGGGGACUGCAGUAUGAAAAGAAUGAAGCGAAUGCUAAACUGAACUUAGCAGGUAAACCUUGCUUGCAGAAUCAUCCAAAUGAUUACACGUUACUAGUCCAGUCAUCUCGGCAGAGACAAGAUCUGCUCUCGUCUCCCAUUAGCCUUCUUCACAAACCAAGAAAUAACACUGCACAUAGUAACCUGUAUCAGAAUGUAAAUCUUGCACUAGGAGGAACCCUGUCGAAUCACACGCCUUUGUCCGUGAAUGGGAAACUUUAUGAUAAACAGCAUUUGGCUUCGGUGGUUACGUGGGGAGACGCUGCCAGAUCAGCGAGCCACGUAUAGCGAAUGAAGGUGUUUAUGUUACGAUAUUCUCUGUUCUAUUGUUCCUCACUUUUAUUACGUAUUAUAAUGUAUUUUGGAAAAGAAACAUAAAGAGUUGCAUUGAAUGUCUCGUCCCAUAAUCAGUCUGCUUCACAUGCCAGAAUGUAGCAUUGACUAGCCUGUGAGGAUUAUGUACUUAAAGACUGCAAAUAUAACUGCCCAGGAAGUGCCGUACUUUGAUUCUAACUUGUCUCAUUUGACUGUUUCGAGUGAGAAAAUUAUUCUGGUGCAAUUAUAUAUUUACAAACAAAUAAUACCAAAUGGUUAGUUCAGCAAAGUUUUAUAACAAAAUCUUUUUAGAUUUGCCUUAAAUUUAUUAUAGUACAUAUUUUCUUGUGUGGAUAGUAAAAUUUCCAGCAUGAUAUUUCAUCAGUAGAUAAAUAUCACGUAUUGAAGGGACUUUCUUAACGUUAAAUUUCAAAUGAUAAUAUUUUAGCAUCUUUAAUAUGAAAGCAUUGUUAUACCAUUCUAUAUUUCCUUUGUGUUCUAAAAUAAUGUUGAGCUAAUUAUUUUUAGAAUAAUCAAUUGCUUUUAAAUGUGGAGUUUAAUAAUCAUUUCACAUUAUUUCCUGUGCAUGACGUUUUGUCAUUCGUGAGGACAAAAAUGAAUGGUAUUUAUUAACUGUUAAGAGACAUGUUAACAGCUGUUCGAACAAGACAAUUGAAUGUGCUCAUGUCACACGCCUUUUUUAUGUGUCUACAUUCUGCUCAGCCGGAGUGUAAUUAUUAUUAAAAAUUUGAAGAAUGGACAGGAAAUAAGUGAUACUGGCCUUAAUAUUAUGACAAUACAAAAUGCCUAAAAAUAUCUACACACUCAACUGAAAGAAUGUUAUUCUUGAUAAUGAAAUAAGAAUGAAUGUUAACACUUUAGAGGCCAGUGGGAACUAUACAUACCACCUCCUUUAAUAAUCUCUAACUUUGUGUCUUGUAUGAUUCUCUUCAUAAACACGGACUAUUUCCGUAAACAGCAUAAAGAAAUUGGUCUUUGUAAAGGCAAAUCAUUGUUUUAUUUGGAAUACAGACUGAAUUCUUAAAUAUUAUUUAGGAAGGCUUUGACUUUAAAGAGUUUAAAUUUUAAUCAGGUUACUUGAGUAUUUAAUACUAUUAUUGAAUUUUGUACAGUCUCUAACAAUUUCAGUUAUCAAAAAAAGUUGAAUUCUAUGGUACAAAAGGUACUUAAUGAGGAUUCUGAAGCAGCAUAAUGUGACAUACAUUUAAAAUAUUCUAUUAAAAAUGCUUUUGAAAGCACGAAGUCCUGUGUAACACUGUCAGAAAAGUUAACAAUUGUAUAUUGUAUUGUUUGUGUCCCGUUCUAAUCAUUAGACCUUAGAUAUGCAAGUACAGGAAACUGAUUUCUUGUUCUUCGAAAUAGACAGGUGUUACGAGUAAAACUUUGACAAAAUUGUCGGUUGUAAUAUUAAGGUAAUGAUUUCAUAAUUACCAGCGUAGUAAAUUACCAGGACCAUUUUAAGAUUGCUUGGGUAAAAUGUAUGCUGUAACUUGUAGAGAUUAAGUUGAGAAAGACUUUUUGUUCCCACUUGACAGUCUAUGACAUUUAUUUGCAUUUUUGGUACGCAGUUGAAGGUUAUACCAAGUGAUGAGCACAUUUAUUGGACGCAGAAACUGAAUCUAUGCCAAGGUAGCAAGAAGGAACUAAACCACUUUGCAAACCAUUUCAGGCAGGCAAGGCCCUAAGACUUUGUGUGUCAUCGACACCUGUGGCUUGAGCCGCGUGAUUCACUUUUGUCAAGUGGCAGUGAACAUGUUAAUAAGAGGAUAUUAGGCAGUGACAAUAAAAGUGAUAAUAUGACUGUUACACUGCCUGAUCAGCUUAUUCUAGAAAAUAAUAUGCCGAUCUUAACUGCACGAACACCAAAUAUUUUCGUAAGUGUUUUUGUACAAAUGAGUCAGUCUAUUAUUAUCAUAGUGUACUGAUUUGGAUAAUGGCUUCCAAACACAUUAUAUUUAUGAAACUUGCCAGACAAUUGACACUAAUACCUUUCUAGAAUUUGUCCAUUAAAAUUGAGAAAUUUUCAGUAAUUUAUUUAGAAAAUUAUACAGUUUAUAUAUUGCAAUAUUGAAUUUGAAAUUGAUUUUCUAUUCCUUAUUAUAAACAUCCAUCUACCAAUGUUAGUGUUGCUCAAUAUUGUAUAAAUAAGUAACAAAAUUAUUUUAUGUGGAUUCUUCAUUAACUUAAUCAACGGUCAGUUGCGAUUUAAGGAAUAUGAAAAUACUAUGAUGGAUUUUCAUUUCUUGAACCAUGCUGUCAUAUAUUUAUAAGAUUGCUUCCUGAUACUGCUCAAAUUUGAAAGAAUGCUAUUGAUGAUGUAAUAGCUUGCUUUAAAACACGAGUGUGUGAUUUUCAGGAUUUGUUUGUACGCUGUCCAUUUUACAUACAUGUACGUACAAAUUCUGCUGUUCAAAUUCAUAAACUGUUUAAAAUUUCUUAGCCCUGUUGCCUGCAAUAGAUAACAUAAUUGAACAUUUGAAUGAAAAAUUACAUUGCUUAUGUAGAUUUAUUGAUAAUUCCAUUUCUUCAUAAACUUUUUAUUCUUGUUCAGUGUUUUUUUAUAAAUGGUUGGUUUUAUCAACUAUUCUUCAGAAGUUCUUUUUUCCUUAAAGUAAAGGAUUAUUUUAUUUAAUAAUGCUGAAGAUAAUUAUU